UCGAGAAGAUGGCGGCUAAGCCACAGUGCCGGCUGGCGUCUCAUUCCCGCCUUUUCUCCUGUCAACGGUUGUGUCACUCAAAAAAUUUCUUUUAGAAUAAAAAUGAGUGCGCUCCUAAUAAUCGUUGUUUGCGCGUUGAUCGCGUACAAAUAUUUCACACGCAAAACGGUUGUAUGCAAAAAAUCUAAAGGGAUUGUUGAACUGCAGCCCGCGCCGGGCCCUACACCAUUACCAGUCAUCGGCAGCUUGCAUCUUUUGGGCAAACAUGAAUCUCCGUUCCAGUCUUUUACAGAGCUUUCGAAGGAAUAUGGCAACAUAUUCAGCAUAAAAUUAGGGAGUUCGCAGUGCUUGGUUGUGAAUAAUCUAGAAUUGAUUAGAGAAGUUCUGAAUCAAAACGGCAAAUUCUUCAGUGGACGACCUGAUUUUCUGCGAUUCCAUCAACUAUUCGCUGGGGAUAGGAAUAAUUCGCUCGCGCUCUGCGAUUGGUCGAACCUACAACUCCGUAGACGAAACCUCGCGCGUCGCCACUGCGGACCCAAACAGCACACAGACAACUUCGCACGAAUCGGUUCCGUCGCUACAUUCGAAUCCAUUGAACUUAUACAAACGUUGAAACACAUUACACGCAGUACAGAAGGCGCAAUCAACCUCAAACCGCUCCUAAUGUCCACAGCUAUGAACAUGUUCGCUAACUACAUGUGCAGUAUACGUUUCGACGCAGAUACAGAUGCUGAAUUCAGGAAAGUCGUAGAUUACUUCGAUGAGAUCUUCUGGGAGAUUAACCAGGGAUACGCCGUCGAUUUCCUGCCUUUCCUCGCUCCGUUUUACAAGAAACACAUGGAGAAACUAUCGCACUGGUCACAAGAGAUACGUACCUUUAUUCUGUCAAGAAUCAUCGAGCAGAGAGAACUGAAUUUAGACACUGAAGGGCCUGAAAAAGACUUCCUCGAUGGCUUACUACGAGUGCUUCAUGACGAUCCUACAGUCGAUAGAAACACAAUCAUAUUCAUGCUUGAAGAUUUCCUAGGUGGACAUUCAUCUGUAGGUAAUCUAGUUAUGUUGUGUCUGACAGCCAUAGCCAGAGAUCCCGAAGUUGGCAGGCGUAUUAAGGCAGAAAUUGACGGUGUGACUAAAGGUAAACGCGCCGUAACACUAACUGACCGACCUUCCCUGCCUUACACAGAAGCAACUAUCCUAGAAUGCCUUAGAUAUAGUUCGUCACCAAUUGUUCCUCAUGUAGCCACAGAAAACGCCGCCGUGGCUGGUUACGGAGUAGAAAAAGGAACCAUAGUUUUCAUCAACAACUACGAGUUGAACACAUCUUCAAAAUACUGGAACGAGCCAGAGAAAUUUGACCCAUCUAGGUUCCUGGAAAAGACGAAAAUACGCGUACGAAGGAACUCUCUAUGCGAUUCUGGUAUGGAAUCAGACAGCGAACGAACAGGCCCGAUUGAUAAAAGCAAGGAAAUGGAGAAAGAAGUUGUAUCCGUGAAGAAGAAUAUACCACACUACUUGCCUUUUAGUAUCGGCAAACGAACGUGCAUAGGACAAACCAUGGUGACCACUAUGAGCUUCGUAAUGUUCGCAAACAUAGUUCAGGAAUUUGACGUCGCUGCUGUUAGCAAAGAUGACUUACGACAAAAGCCGGCAUGCGCUGCCCUACCCAAAGAAACCUAUCCACUUUACCUCUUGCCGCGAAAAUAUUAAACUAUAUAUUUAGUAUUUUUAGAUAAAAUCUCUUUAUUGUAUUGUGUUUUAGAUUCAACUUGUUGCAGUGACUCUCGCACAUAAUACAAUUUGUGAGUUACGCUCAAAAACUAUUUAUUUCUUGAAAUAAUUGACUUUAGGAUUAAAUAUUUUGAUUUAUUCUAACAGACUUAUCAAAGCCGAUGUUACGCCAUUAAGUUAUCCAAAUGUUGAUAUGAUUUGGUAUUGUUAAAUUUAUUUUAUUCAGGGCCAAUUUUUUAAUCCAUGGUUAAAAUUUAUCCGUCCAAUAAAGUAUUACACGAACAUUUUAAAAAAUCACCUGUAAACUGUCAUAUACGGACAAUUAGAAUACAUUUUUGAAAUUGUAGUUUAAAACGUUAUUCGAUGAAUAAGUUUUAACCAAGGAUUGAAAAAUCAGCCCUUAAACGACUGCUAUGUUACUGGACUUGAUAAUUUAGUUUAGGCAACGGUUUGUAAAACUACAAUUUCAUAGUAAGUACCUACACGCUUUUAUUAGCUUCACCUGCAUGUUUAUGUAACCGACUCCUUUAGACUCGAUUUUGACUUUAAACGGACAGAUUUAAUUCAAACUU